CAAACGUCGCAUGUAUUUUGACGUCAUUGCAAUAUUCAGGAACAAAACAAAAUCCACGUUCGAUGUGAGUUUAUUUGUCCACUUUGAAUUUAAAUGGAAACGUCACUUGUUUUCAGCGUUCUCGCUGCAUGGGUGCCACGAGAGUUUGGGGGCGUGUUGUUGCCAUAACGAGGGUGGGGGCGUGUGCGCGAGCGUGUAUUCACGCGUGUGUGCGCGCGUGGAAAAGCUCGGCGUGCCCACGCUGGCUUCACUUCCACGCGAGUCCUCACUGCCUCCUCUCCCGGCUUGCGGACGUUCGGGGUGCAACAAGUUUGCCGACCGGGAACCGAUGGAUCUCGCGGGGGAGAGAGGAGCAUCCGCGGGCGAGAAAGUGGCCCCUCGGCGUCGGGUUCUGAGCGUCAUCCCUUCGCUGUGCUCCGUGGCGUCUUUCGCUUUUUGCGUGGCGCUCAGCAUCCACGCCGCCGACGUCAGACGCCGGCUGGCGGGCUUGGAGCACGGCGCGGACACUUUGACGCGCCCCCCCGCGGACCACUUGGAUGCGUUGAUUGCGCAGAGAGUCAACGAAGUGCUCGCCCAGCGUUCUUAUGAGCAAUUUGUCAAGAUUCGAACCGCCCGGCAAGCGUCACCUGAAUGCAACUGCCCUCCAGGACCUCCGGGAAAGCGAGGAAGGAGAGGCCGCAAUGGAGAAACCGGACCGCCUGGUCCUCCAGGUCCAAAGGGUGAAAAGGGGGAUCAAGGCGACCAGGGACCACGGAUGGUCUUCCCUAAGAUCAAUCACGGCUUUCUUUCCGCUGACCAGCAGCUCAUAAAACGGCGUCUCAUUAAGGGGGAUCAGGGGCAAGCUGGACCACCUGGACCUCCCGGGCCCCCAGGUCCGCCUGGCCCAAGGGGGCCCCCAGGGGACACAGGCAAAGAUGGGCCAAGAGGCGUACCAGGCCUACCAGGUGAUCAAGGGAUUCCAGGAGAAAGCGGACCUGUGGGACCGGAGGGGCCUCCAGGACUCAAGGGUUCGCUGGGGCCUCCCGGUAUUCCAGGUGUUGACGGACUGAAGGGGGAUCUUGGCAUCCCGGGACUGGACGGCAUCCCCGGAGCUAAGGGCGAAAUGGGAGAGCAAGGUGAAAAGGGCGACAUGGGGGAAGAAGGACCAAAAGGCGAAAUAGGGGAGAAGGGGGAUGCAGGCUCCUCUGCGGCAGGCAUCAAGGGGGAACCUGGAGAGCCUGGAAGAAGCGGACACAAGGGAGAGCCAGGACUUCCAGGGCUGCCUGGACUUCCAGGGAUUAAGGGAGAACCGGGAUUCCUCGGACCUCAGGGAGAACCAGGUCUCCCAGGCCUCCCAGGAACUAAGGGUGAGAGAGGCGAGCACGGACCGCCCGGAAAAGGCGAACGGGGUGAGAUGGGACCCGUCGGAGCAAAGGGUUCGCAGGGUGAGGCAGGCACACCUGGUCCUAAGGGGUCAAAGGGCGAAACUGGAGAUAAAGGAGAGUUUGGACCUGUAGGGCCGAAGGGCCCGCCUGGCCAAAAAGGAGACCAAGGAGCCACUGAAAUCGUUGACUACAAUGGGAAUAUUCAGGAAGCAUUACAGAAGAUUACCACUAUUACAGUGACGGGCCCGCCGGGUCCUCCUGGGCCUGUAGGACCGCAUGGCAUCAAGGGUGACCGUGGCAUGCCUGGCCUACCUGGUCUCGACGGAGAACGCGGCUACAAGGGUUCGAAAGGAGACAUGGGAAUGCCAGGAGCGUCAGGAGACAAAGGAGCAACCGGUUUACCCGGUUUACCUGGUGUCAAUGGGGCAAAGGGGGAGAAAGGAGAUUCUGGUCUACCAGGUCCCCAAGGUUCCUCGAUCAUUGGCCCUCCAGGGGCACCAGGACCUCAUGGACCUCCAGGACCUAUGGGACCCCACGGCUUCCCUGGACCGAAGGGUGAACCUGGUUUGCACGGUACAAAGGGGGCACGCGGGGAACCCGGCCACAAGGGAGACCGAGGACCCUUAGGUCUCCCUGGCACCGACGGACCUUCAGGUCCGGCUGGUCCGGCUGGCCCGAAGGGGGACAGAGGGGAGAGAGGAGCGACAGGUGAUGCGGGACCGAGGGGACCCUACGGAUUACCUGGAGCAGCAGGAACACCAGGCUUGGAUGGGUUGCCAGGUUUGAGAGGAGAGAAAGGCGACCUUGGGGAAAGAGGAGAGAAGGGUUUCCGGGGAUUUAAGGGUGAAAAGGGGGAACCAGGGCAACCGGGUCUGGAUGGGCUGGAUGCCCCGUGCCAAUUGGGUCCUGAUGGUUUACCAAUGCCUGGCUGCUGGCAGAAGUGAUCACUCUAACCUGAAACGCAUGGAGUUUGUAAAUAAUGCUCUUUUUUUUUCGGGAUAUUUAUAGUUUUUUUAAUGGAAUUGUAAAAAAGAAAAAAAUAUGUGUAUGAGGAUGCAAAACCAACACCAACAACAAAAAAAGAAACCCUUGGAUGCUUCACGCCCCUAAAAGCUGCUUCUACUCACAUCGCGUGUGAAGAACGUUGACAAUGUUUAUUCGGAGCUUGGAGUGCCACAAGGCUCUUGCUUAAGCCCACUCGGACUCGGAGACUGGAAGUGAUAGAAGCUCCCUAACACCAGAACCAUGUUUUGUGUCGUCACCGCUCGCUCACGCAUCAAAAGACAAAAACAAAAGCAUGUUUUUCCGUCUUGUGCGCACACUGCUUUGGCUUCUGCAGAGGAACAACUAACAAAAAACCUAGGAGAGCUUUUUUUGCUUUUAAUUUCCACGUUUCCCGAAUCUUCCCCCAAGGGAGUCACGCCUUGGCUGGUAGCCUGAGAAGUCCCGAAAAGUUAAAGAUGUUUGUCGCUUUAACGAGGUGCGAACGGGCGCCGCCUCUCCGGAUGCAGGGAGGCCAACACCUUCCUUUGGCUGCACUGAUUAGAAUCCACCAAGGGUUUUAGUUGGCCGACUCCCUGUCGGAUCUCCACGGAGGAUCUACUGAAAGCGUUGUUCGAAAGCAGUCAUGUUUUAUUUUUUGGGUUAAUUGCCAAAGCGCAAGCGACCUGAGACUUUCUUGUCCGACAAAAAAAAAGAUGUCAACAUAUAGUCCACGCGUGGGAUUUGAAUUUGUUCUGUGACCAAGCUUGUAUUCACUCAUAUUUGAAGUUUGGGACCCGCAAAGCGCGGACGUUUUUCUAAUUUUUUUGUCAGUACGUUUUUACAUUUUUAUUGUUUAUAGAGAAACAGGAAGGUUCAAAUGAAAUAGUAGCGGUACACCUUGGCUGUGUUCAGACUGCAGGCAUAUCGGAUUCCUUCUCAAAUAUGAUUUUUAGGACUGUUCACACUAAUAUCCGAAUCAGAUCUGAACCGGUUCAGACUAAGCAGCAUCUUGUCCAUAUCGGAUCUGAAACUGCAGUGGGGCAAAUAAGUAUUUAGUCAACCACUAAUUGUGCAAGUU